CAGGCCAUGGAGCGCUUGGACCAGCGCUGCUGCACUGAGGCUAUCGAACUGCGCGCGCAGCUGCGCUGCGCGCAGCAGCGCUUCGUGGAGCAGCGGCAACUGAGAGAGGAGCUGCGGCGGGAGCUGCAGGUCGAACGGAGCCGAGAAAAAACAGGCCACGCCAUGAGUCGAGAGAUUUGUUUUUUGCAGAGCCAUGUGGAAUCACUUCAGACUGGCUGCAGCUUAGCGGCGGACCAUGCGCUUUCCGUGAAGGAUGAGGUGCGAAGCUUCCAGCGUCGGAUCGAGGAGAUUCAAAGACAGUCGCAGCAAGCGAAGGAGGAGGCAUCAGGCGCCCAGCAGGCGCAGCGGAGCUGUCAGGAGGAGCUGACCGAGGUGAAGAGUUCCAUCCAGCGCUGCCGGCAGGAGACGUCUCAGGUGCAGCACGAACUCCAUGUUUCGGAGAGUCGGCUGCAGAAGGUGAAGGAGGAUGGAGAGCGCGAGGCGCAGAAAAGCCUGAAGCGCCUUCAGGCAAAGCUGAAAGCUGCCCUGGUGCAGGAGGAGGAGCUGAAAGGGCGCCUGGAGGAGAUGAAGGCGCGCCGCGCGGAGCUGCAGGGUGAGGAGACGACGUUGAAAGAUCGGCUGCUGAAACAGGAGGAGGAAUUCGCAAAGAUCAGAGAGGUCUUCGGUGUUGAAGGGCCGCAGUCUUCGUCCUUAAUCUUCUGUGAGCAAGUCAGGACGUUGCUGCCUGACCUGUCUCAGCUGGGUGGCAUUCCUCUGGAGACGCACCAACGCAUCCUGCAGGAGCAGAGUGACGUUUAUCGCGAUGCUUUGGACAAACUUGGCAACUUCAAACAGGCGUGUCAGUCGACGCCUAUGCCGCCGAAGGAUGAGCCGGAGCUGGAACAAGCUCUGUCGGAAGCAGUGGAGGCGGAGGAGGCGCAAGCGCAGAUCCAAAUUCAGAUCUUGGAGUUGACCCAGGAGUUGGAGCUCUCCACCUGUAAGUUGCAGCUGCUGAAGGACAGCCUCCUGACCGAGAGGGGAAGGAAAGCAGAGGUGUCCCGGUCUCUCCGUAAGAUUGGCAAGAUCCAAGAUCGGGUGCCGCCGACCUCGCCCUUGUGGCGGAAGAUGGAGCUCCGGUGCCAGCUCCAACAGCACCAGGAGCUGCUCCGGCGCAGGUUCUGCGCCCUUCAGAAGCUCCAAAGUUUGCUGCCGAAGUUGACACCCUCUGGGCAGGAUUUGAAGAUCAAAGUCCAGCAAUUGACCCUGGCAGUCCCGAGCAUACCGGCAGUGAGCUGCACAGAUCUGACGAAGGAGAUCGAGAGUAUGGAAGCACGGCUCCUAGAGCUUCGUCAGACUGACAGUCACGACUGGAACUCCGACGCGCUUCAGAGGAUCGCGAAAAGCUCUGCCUCCCUACACUUCUUAGAGUUGGCCUCCCAAAGGUCCACUUCUGCUCUGCAAGAGACGAUUCACUGCCUCUCCGGGGGUUUGGAGUCAAGCUUGGUGGAGGGCUUCGUAGCCCUGCUCCAGUCCGCUGCUUCCUGCGAGACGCGGAUCGCACCGGAGGUGCAGCAGGUGCUGGGCGCGGUGAGGUUCACCCGAGAGCAAGCAGCCAAAGAAGCUGCCCGCACGUCUUGGGAACUGCAGCAGCGUCCGCGACAUCCGGAGGACGCGAAGCUUCAAAGCUUGCAAAACGCUUGUGUCACAUGCGCCGCAAAGCUGGCAGAAAUCUCAGCUCGGCUGUCGUUGUCCAACGACAGGGCGGAGGAGGAAGCCGUGAAAGAAUUGCUGUGCCAGGAGGACGCCCUGCUGCAGUUUUCUUCGAGGCGCUGCGGCCUCGAAGGCGAGCGCCGCGCGGCGCUGGAGGCGGCGCUCAGGACGCGGGAGGCCCUGUCCCAGCGAAGCGCGCGUGCGUCGCUGGAUGCGCGACAAGCGGCCCAACAAGCGAGGCAUCGCUUGGAGAAGGCCAUCGAGGAGGCAACACUGGAGCUGGAGACCUUAAGAGAAGAGCUCCCAGCAGAAGUGCAACGCCUUCAAAAAAGCUGGGAAGAGAAGUGGCAGCAACAAAUGGAGGCCCACGACAGUUCGCAGGCCUUGUCCGCUUUGCGUCAACGGAUCAAGGAGCUGAAGACACAGCAUGUGGCCCUUGUGGACGCCACGGAAAGAAAGCGAUCAGAGGAAUCCCACGUAGAGGUGGAACGCCGAGAACAGGAGGCCGAGUUGCGGUCCUCGGCACUGCAGCAGCAGCAAUUGCAGGAGGCGAAGCGGCGGAAGGCGCAGGAGGUGGAGAAGUGUCGUUUCGGUCUUUGGGACGUGGAGCAGAAGAUCAGCGACGCCACGGAAGCACGCCUGGUGCAAUUGAGACGGGCCGAGAUGCGGACACAAGAGUUGACCCGUGAGCACUCGAUGAAGAUGGCCGAAAUGAAGAGUGAGGCGCAAAGAGAACUGCAUACAAUUCGGAAUUCAAGCCGGAGCUUGGCCAAAACCAUUGCAGAGGAAUUGGAGACAUCCGACUUCGACCAGGCCUUGCGGCGUUCUGGAGAUUUAGAUCAAAAAUCCGCCGAGCUUCUGCAGAGUGCGUCCAAGCAGCUGUCUUCUUUGGCUGCUGCUGGCGCUUGAUCUUCGCAAUUGCCAGCUGCAAAAUGUGUGAGUGAACCAAAGAUGUGCGUGAAAUUUGG